AUGGUAGAACAAUUCUCAACUAUCGUCGGCAAACCUGCCAACGCUCGUGAAACUGCACCAAGAAUCACUAGCUCUCAAAAACAAAUUAUAGAUAGACCUGUCGGAUACUCUUGUUCAACUGUCUAUGAAUAUUUACUAGAGGCUUUCGAAAAAGGUGGUAACAGAAAGGCAAUGGGUUGGAGAGAUAUUAUAGAGAUUCAUGAUGAAAAAAAAAUCAUUAAAAAAAAAGUAGAUGGUAAAGAUGUAGAAGUCGAAAAAGUUUGGAAUUUCUACGAAUUAUCAGAUUAUAAAUAUACCACUUACGAUAAAUUAACAGAAUUAAUGCAUAACAUCGGUAGAGGUUUGGUUAAAAUCGGUUUAAAACCAAGUUCUGAAGAUAAACUACACAUUUACGCCUCUACUUCUCGUUACUGGAUGCAAAUGUUCACAGGUUCCCAAUCUCAAGGUAUCCCUGUGGUUACCGCUUACGAUACUUUGGGUGAAAGCGGUUUAACUCAUUCCCUAGUGCAAACAGAAUCAGUAGCUAUCUUCACUGAUAACGCUUUGUUGAAAACUUUGAUCAAUCCACUACAAAAGGCCGACAACAUUAAAUAUAUCAUCUACUCUGAAAAAUUAGAUCCAAAUGAUAAAAGACAUGGCGGUAAAUUAUAUGAUGAAGCUAAGAAGGCCUUAGAUAAAUUGAAGGAAGUCAGACCUGACAUUAAAUUUUACUAUUUUAAUGAAAUAGUUAAAUUAGGUCAAAACGCAAAGGAUGAAAUUUCUCCAAGCCCACCAAAACCUGAAGAUAUCUCUUGUAUCAUGUACACCUCAGGUACUACCGGUGAUCCAAAGGGUGUAACUUUAACUCAUAGCAAUUUGGUCGCAGGUUGCGCUGGUGUCAGUGAAACUGUUUAUGGUGUCGUUGGUAAACAAGAUCGUGUUAUUGCAUUCUUACCUUUAGCUCAUAUCUUCGAAUUAGCUUUCGAAUUGGUCACUUUUUACUGGGGUGCCAUCUUGGGUUAUGCUAACGUUAAAACAAUCUCCUCAACUUCAGUUCGUAAUUGUCAAGGUGACAUGCAAACAUUUAAACCAACAAUUAUGGUUGGUGUUGCUGCCGUUUUUGAAAUGAUCAAAAAGGGUAUCAUUAGUCAAUUGGGUCAUGUAUCUAAAUUGAAGCAAAAAUUAUUCUGGAUGGCUUACAGUUCUAAACUAAAUGGUAUCCCAGGUAGUGGUAUCUUGGCCAACAUUGCUUUCAAAAAAGUUAAGGAAGCUACUGGUGGUCAAUUAAGAUUUGUCUUGAACGGUGGUUCUCCAAUCAGUAUGGAUACUCAACAAUUCAUCACUACAGUUAUCUGUCCAUUGUUGAUUGGUUACGGUUUAACUGAAACCUGUGCCAAUGGUUGUGUCUUGAAACCUGAUCAUUACAGAUUCGGUGUCACUGGUGACUUGGCCGCUUCUGUAACCAUCAAGUUGGUCGAUGUUGAAGAAUUGAACUAUUUUGCCAAAAAUAAUCAAGGUGAAAUUUGGAUUAAGGGUGGCUGUGUUUUAAAAGAAUAUUAUAAAAAUCCAAAAGAAACCGCUGACGCCAUUACUGAAGAUGGUUGGUUCAAGACUGGUGAUAUUGCCGAAUGGACUAGAGAAGGUCAUUUGAAGAUUAUUGAUAGAAAGAAGAAUUUAGUUAAGACAGCUAAUGGUGAAUAUAUUGCAUUAGAAAAAUUAGAAUCUGUUUACAGAUCAAACAAAUAUGUUAUGAACAUCUGUGUUUAUGCUGAUCAAAAUAAGGUCAAGCCUGUUGGUAUAAUUGUCCCAAACUUGGCCCCAUUAGCCCAAUUAGCUAAAGACUUGAAAAUCCUAAAGGCUAACGAAGACGUUGAAUCAUAUUUGGAUAACAAGAAAUUGAGAAGAGCUGUUUUGGAUGACAUGUUGCACACAGCUAGAUCUCAAGGAUUAAAUGGUAUUGAAUUAUUACAAGGUGUUGUCUUCUUCGAUGGUGAAUGGACUCCACAAAAUGGUUAUGUCACUUCUGCUCAAAAGCUAAAGAGAAAGGUUAUUUUGGAAGUUGUCCAAAAACAAGUCGACCAAAUUUACUCCGCCAAUUGA